GCAGUUAGUUGUGUUCGAGCAUCUGCGAUCGUCGAAUUCUCGGUCGACAUUGUCUUUUUGCGCGCGUGUCUCAGUACUCCGUUAUUACGUUUUCAGUGUCAAAAAUGAACGAGCGCAAGCGUACGCUGAUAUUGCACAAACGGCCGACCGACGACGCCGCUGGAGGAAGGCCACUGCUCACCGGCGACGAGAUACCCAUACGGCGACCUCGGCAAGUCGAGGUCUUGCCGCGCAGUGCGGGCGCUGAUUUACAGAGAGCCAAGAUACUGCCGCCGCCGACGAUUUUACAACACACCGGAGGCAGGGAUGGGCCGAUCGUCACGACGAAAUUAGUAGCUUCAAAAGCACCGAUGCCAUCGUUCGAGGACCAUGCAAACCGUAUACGCCCGAAGCAAGAACAAAUGACGGAUAUUAAUAACGAUCAGCCUGAUUCCCCAAACAUGCGAGAUAGGGUAGAAAAAAUCGACCCCGAAACAUACAAUUCCUCUCGAGCUGAAGCAGACAUGGGGGUACCCGUUCAAAUAGUCCAAGCUCUACCAGAUCACACAUUCGAGCUCGAUGAAGAGGCCCUUGCUCGCAUACUCACCCAAGACGAUGUGAAGGAUCGCAGUGUCGUCGUGGUUUCCGUUGCCGGAGCUUUCCGCAAAGGCAAGAGCUUCUUGCUUGACUUUUUCCUACGAUACAUGGAAAGCAGAUACAUCCAUCAUGACACGUCUGACAAUUGGUUGGGUGGAGAUGACGACCCACUCAAAGGUUUCUCUUGGCGAGGAGGCUCGGAGCGCGACACCACCGGUAUCCUAAUGUGGUCAAAAGUGUUUCCAGCUACGCUCGCCAACGGAGAAAAAGUCGCGGUUGUACUUAUGGACACCCAGGGAGCAUUCGACAGUCAGUCGACAGUACGAGACUGCGCCACUGUAUUUGCCCUCAGCACCAUGCUGUCGUCCGUGCAAAUUUAUAAUCUCUCUCAGAAUAUUCAGGAAGACGAUUUGCAACAUUUGCAACUUUUCACUGAGUACGGCAGGUUGGCGCUGGAAAAAUCGGGCAGUACGCCUUUCCAAAGGUUGCAGUUCCUCGUACGUGAUUGGAGUUACCCCUACGAGGCCGACUAUGGCGCGGAAGGAGGGCGCAAAAUUUUGGAAAGGAGGCUUGAAGUUUCGACAAGGCAACAUCCAGAAUUGCAAAGCUUAAGAAGACAUAUCAGUUCUUGUUUCUCGGACAUUUCGUGCUUUUUGAUGCCACAUCCUGGCUUGAAUAUCGCUACGAAUCCAAAGUUUGACGGUCGAUUAUCAGAGAUUGAAAGCCAAUUUAAAGAACAACUAAAAGAAUUGAUACCUAUGUUGUUAGCACCAGAAAAGCUCGUAACAAAAAAGAUCAACGGUCAAACCGUCAAAGCUUCGUCUUUACUUCAAUAUUUUAAAAGCUAUAUCCAAAUUUAUCAAGGUGAUGAGUUACCAGAACCUAAGAGUAUGCUUGUGGCUACCGCAGAAGCCAAUAAUUUAUCUGCAGUGGCAGAGUCUAAAGACUUGUACAUGCAAAUGAUGGAAAACGUUUGCGGAGGUACCAAGCCAUUCUUAGCAACUGCACACUUGGAAUCAGAACAUGAACGAUGUUUGGACAAAGCAAUGAAUCAAUUCCAAAAGAAAAGAAAAAUGGGGGGCGAUGAAUUCAGUCAAAAGUAUUUAGACAAAUUGCAAAAGGACAUUGAUGAAGCUUUCCAACAAUUCAAAUCGCACAAUGAAAGCAAAAAUAUAUUUAAGGCUGGACGAACUCCCGCAGUGUUUUUCGUAAUAGCCGUAACCACGUAUAUUUUAUCGGGUAUAUUUGGUCUGGUUGGACUAUAUACUCUCUCAUACAUUUGCAACACCAUCAUGGGUGUAGCUUUACUGACAUUGGUUUUGUGGGCGUACGUUAGAUAUAGCGGUGAAUUCAGAGAAAUAGGCACGUCGAUUGACGAUUUAGCAACACUCGUAUGGGAAAACGUCAUGAAACCAGUUUAUCAGCAGUUCGUAGAGAAAUCGGUAUCCGCUGCAGUGGCGCAAGCCGCUGAAAUGGCGACCAAUGCAACAGUAAAUGCCACUGGUUUGACUAACGGCAACUACAGGUCGUAAUAAUUGCUAUUAGUUUGUCGAUGCCAGACAGUAUAUUGGAAUUCAAUCGAGAAGACAGUUACUGAAGGCGGUAUUCGUUUUAAUACCUGCAUACUCAGAUAAAUAGAAAAAUAUAUGUGCAUUAAAUUUGUUAAUGAUGAAAAAUGCAGAUUUCUUACUUCAAGAAAAAAGUUCCAGGGAAUUAAUAUUAUUUUGACCCCGAGACUUUGUAAUUCUCGAUGCAGCUAAAACAUGAAACUGUGAAUGAAGAAUGUACAGUACAUACUGAUUUUAAAUCAGUGUAAUAGAUUGUUAAGAAAUAAUUAUUUAUAACAUCGUAUAUGGGUGAUUAAUUAAUUAUAUAUAUAUAUUUAUAUUGUUAUCAAAAUAAAAAUUUGUACAAGCGAGGAUUAUAUUGUCGAAGCAACCUAACUUUUUAAAAAAUUUUACUACGUUUGAAAAUUUUGUAUGAUAUUAAUCAAGUUCUCAGAGAGUUUUAUGAUAUUACAUGUGUAUAAAUAUAGCUAUUUAGUUCACGAUAUCUAUAUAGAUGAUUAUUGAACAAAAAUUUUCAAAAAAUUCUUGAAAAUAAUCAUUUAAUGUAAAUGCAUAUUACAUAAUUUUUGAACUCAUUUCAAAGCAACUAAAUAGAUUUCCAGAAUAAAAAAUUUAAUUUUUCUCAAAAAAAUUUUUUAUACAUAACGUUGAUUUUAACACAACCAAAUCAAUCUGUAUUAUUGUAAACGUUAUGUGUUCUUGUGCCACAAACUUCUUGUACGAAACGUUGUAAUAAAAUAGAAGAUAAUAUGUAAUAUUU